CUGGGCUCAGUCCUCAACUUCUCUGCAACUCAGAGCAGCGACUACCAGGACCACCUUGAGAAGAGGAUGAUUCCCAACAAAGCGUGGAUCCUAGGGGCUCUUGCCCUGAUGGCCAUGAUGAUCCUGGGCAGAGCUGAAGACAUUGAAGCUGACCAUGUUGCCGCCUACGGUGUAAAUGUCUACCAGACUCAUGGUCCCUCUGGCCAGUACACCCACGAAUUUGAUGGAGACGAGCAGUUCUAUGUGGACCUGAAUAAGAAGGAGACUGUCUGGAGGCUUCCUGUGUUUAGUCACUUCACAAGUUUUGACCCACAGGGUGCACUGGGAAACAUAGCCACAAUAGCACAUAACUUGGACAUCUUGAUUAAACGUUCCAAUUCUACAGCUGUUGUCAAUGAAAUUCCAGAGGUGACUGUAUUUUCAAAGUCCCCUGUGAGGCUGGGGCAGCCCAACACCCUCAUCUGUCUCGUGGACAACAUCUUUCCUCCUGUGAUCAACAUCUCAUGGUUGGUCAACGGGCGUUCAGUCACAGAAGGUGUUUCUGAGACCAGCUUCCUCUCCAAGAGUGAUCAUGCUUUCUUCAAAGUGGGCUACCUCACCUUCCUCCCUACUGCUGAUGAUAUUUAUGACUGCAAAGUGGAGCACUGGGGUCUGGAGAAGCCACUUCUGAGACACUGGGAACCUGAGAUCCCAGCUCCAAUGUCAGAGCUGACAGAGACUGUGGUCUGCGCCCUGGGGUUGGCCGUGGGCCUCGUGGGUAUCGUGGUGGGCACUGUCCUCAUCAUCCGAGGACUGCGCAUAGGUGGUGCUUCCAGGCAGCAAGGACCCUUGUGAAUCACACACUGGAAGGGAAGUCCUAUUGCAGGUACAUUGCCCAUCUACAAAAGCUGAAGAAUGGAUAUGCUAUAUCGCCUAGCACUAUUUUCCAGCACUAUUCACUGUAUUUCAUCUCUCCCCAAUCACUUCUCAUCUCUUCUGUGGAACUUACAGUGCUACACCUACCCAGAGUUCACAUUUUUGGAAUUCUUUCCUCAGUUUUCUUCACUCAAUCGUUACCUAACGUGAGAUUCCCUAGGAUAGUCCUUCCAGCUCCUUGAUCCCUAAGUGACUCUGAACCAAUGUUUCCAUAGAAACAAUAAACAUCCCUUUAUGAGGUA